AUGUCGCCUUCCAAACCCGUACUCAUUAUCGGCUCUGGCCUUUCAGGUCUUGCACUCGGUCAAUCUCUCAAACGUCUCGGUAUCCCUUUUCAUAUCUUUGAGCGCGACGCUGCAGAUGAUCAGCGCGCUCAGGGCUACCGUAUCCGGAUCAACCAAAUCGGCCUUGACGCUCUUCGUACAUGUGUGCCAGAGGACAUCUUUAAACGAUUUGAGGAAACCACUGGAGAGAACUGCAAACCGAGUGGUAGCCGUCGGGAUCCCAAGACAUGGGCAGCUCUGCCAGGACGAAUGGGCCCUCCACCGCCUGCUCAGACUCCAGGCGUUGAAGGGAAGCCUCAGCCUAAAAACACGGGCAUGGGUUUCUCUCUGCCUGCCGACCGAAGAGUAAUGCGCUCAGUCCUUUUGUCUGGACUCGAAGAUUCUGUGACGUAUGGCAAAUCUUUUGCGGAUUACACCAUUACCGACACGGGUGUCAUUGUUCAUUUCACUGAUGGGACGACCUCCGGUGAAGGUUCUCUCCUUGUGGCUGCGGAUGGUCUGCACUCUAAAGUGGCUCGCAAGCUUGCAGGAGAGAGGUUGCUGCCCAAGCCAACUGGGUCUUGGAUGAUAUUUGGGAAAACGAUUCUCACUCCUGAAUUGGUCCAAUCCGUCAAGUCAGAUUUGACGACAAACAUGUCUAUCAUGGUAGAAAAGGACGACCAGGGGAGGUCAUUGAACUUUUUCUCGGAGCCGAUGCGAUUCAGUCAUUCGGGAGCACCUAGCGAUUACCUGUAUUGGGUUCUGCUCACAACCGAGGACAGGCUGGGUAUGACGGGGGCGCAGCUCUCCAAGCUCAGCUCGAAAGAAGCCGCGGACUUGUCUCGUCGACUCGCCGAGUCGUGGCUUCCGGAUACCAGGCCCGUCCUGGACCAGCAGGAAUCCGCAGAAACUGCAGUCUUGAGAAUGAACACAUCGGCCAUCGACGGCGUGCCGACCUGGCCCACGUCGGAACGGGUCACGCUCAUUGGUGACGCCGUGCACUGCAUGCCUCCGACUGGAGGCUCCGGCGCCAACACGGCUCUCAGGGACGUAGCGACAUUGAGUAAGAAGCUGGAAGAGCAUGUGGAUGGGGAUGGAUGGAGCAAGAAGGUGAUCCAGGCCUAUGAAGAGGAAAUGCGUCCGUAUGCUAGCGAUAUUGUGGCGCUUAGCUAUGAGGCUGCUAUCGUUCGCUUCGGUGCGAGCCCGAUCAUCUCUGAAUGA